UUCUGACAGCACAAGGUUUGAGUUGUGUGGCUCUCUCUGGGCUCUCUCUCUCUCUUCGUUUUCCACAAGAUGGCUGAGUGUGGGUCACAUGACAGCAGACAGAAACCCGUAUGCCGUAGAAAGAUUUGCUGACUGAGAAUAUCUGCUGCAGUUACAGAAAUGCCAAUGUGAAUCAAAAGAAAAGGGAUUUUGGCUGGCCCCGAAGUCAACAACUGCUAUUCCUACAGAUGAACAUGCCAUUGGAGUCUCCAGAAAACGUGAUGGUGAUACAUAGGAGGUAUCUAACUGAGCUGAUGACCUCAGUGAGUGUGAGGAACAACUGAUGCUAUCAUGGGGAAGCCAUUGAGUUGGUAAUAAUUAUGCUAAUUGGUUUUUGUUUUGAGCUGCUGGUAUGAUUUUUUUCUGGAGAGGUUUUUUCAUGUAAGUGUAAUUUUGUAGUAAAGAGAUGUUUCAUGAGGCCACUACAGAUGUGAGACCAUAGCAGUAAAUCAUGAUAAAAUACAGUUAAUCUUCUUAUGCUCUUAACCUGUGGUUGCUGUUGACAGAACAGCACUACUUGAUCACUACGAGGAUAACAGGUGUGUCCUCAAUUAGAUUAACACAAAGUGAUUAAGAGCAUUUAGAUUACGUCCUGGAGAACUUGCCACAGUUGUAUUUAUGCCUUCUUUCUUUUUUAAUCGUAAUACACAAAUACAAUAAUAAUAGAAGUGUUUAAUGUAGUUCGAAUGAAAAGUGCACUUUAAUCGUCACAGAGCAAUUCUCGGCAUAAAGAUAUGACCCCGACGUGAUUUGAACACGCAACCUUCUGAUCUGGAGUCAGACGCGCUACCGUUGCGCCACGAGGUCUGCGUUAAAGGCGGGGUAUACAGAGAAGAUAAACGGGAGCAUGUACAAACAAUUCAAUAUUCUUUUGCAUCUUUUUUUGUCUAUGGACUCCAGAUUUGACGUAGGCUACAAAAAAUAGAAGAGGCGUGAGAAAAGCAAAACUGCACAUUUGGCAUACGAAGCAACUGUACAUAUCUUUAAAAGCGUGUAAAUAAUAAAAUAUUAACGUGACGUAGACUAAAAUGGUUUGUUCGCUUUUCCUUUAAAAUAUCACAAUAAUAUACAUUUGGUGACCCGAAGAGGUAGUUGACUGCAUACAGAGAGAAAGUACAGGUUGCAGCUCCGAAAGCUGAGUAUAUCCAAUAGUGAAGCUGAGUUCGACAACGUCAUCUGUGGCCGGUUAGCUCAGUUGGUUAGAGCGUGGUGCUAAUAACGCCAAGGUCGCGGGUUCGAUCCCCGUACGGGCCAUUUCUUUUAACGUCGCAAAGGCACAACAUGCUGAACAAUCCCUACAAGUGCGUAGCAUCCUUUUAUCGUUGAACCAGAAAAUAUUCAUUAACUAUUACCGCAAAGUUAAGAUGUAGGUGAAGUUUUUUAAUGCUUACUGCUGUUUGAUGCUCACAAAUGCGAUUAACAGCUGCAUGAACAGCUGAAGUGUUUGUCGCAUUUUCAGUACCGUACCAGCGUGAGUGAUGGUACCAACGUACUCUUCAUACUAAAAUAAUUAUCUUCUUUUUACACUUGCUCCACACGUCAUUCUGCCUGCUGCGUCACAUUGUUGCUUUUAUCUGCCUCGCAGUCGGAAAAAGGAAAGGCGGAUGCAUGAGAAAACAAAAAUGCAAGGGUUGCUGUAGCCUAGUCCUGCUCCAAAGUCCACAGAACUAGGGGUCUCCCGAUGUCGCUGUACAGUGCGUUGGUGGUAUAGUGGUUAGCAUAGCUGCCUUCCAAGCAGUUGACCCGGGUUCGAUUCCCGGCCAACGCAUACGCUUUUAUUUAUUUAUUUUUUUGUCUUCUGUGUUAUUCUGGAUAAUCAAGACACUGCUGUCUGUGCAGCAGUCUGGUGAUUUCUUUUCAAACCUCUGACAGAUGUUGCUGCUCAAAAUGUUUGUAAUCAUAUCCUGGGUCCAUAAAUUAUAAUCAGUGUUUAUAAACAAUGGCAAAUACUUAAAAGCAAUUUGUAGUCUUACUUGUGCGAAAUCAGCUGUUUUUUUUGUGGUGUCACACUGCUAUUGACCUCGAAGACAUAGAAAGAUGAGUGUCAUUUGUGUCAUCUAGCACAAUCGGAAUACUCUGUUUGAGAGUGUUUAUUUGGUUGCCCGGAACCUCUUCUAACACCAUUUAUGCAUCAUAGUGUUAACAUUUCCCUACUCAUACAAGUGUAGUAACCCAAUAAUAAAAGAAGAAUCACUUCAGACAGGCAGUGCAGAUUUCAUUUAACUAAUAUUUUAGUACCUUCUUUACCAGGUUUUUAAAAGGCAUUUUGUUGCUUUUAACUGAUGUAUCACCUCAUGCUGAUGUGAAAACAGGACAGUUGACCCUGAAUGAAUGGCCAGGUCUGUGUAGAGUGGAUGGACUUCGCAAAUGCUUUGCAUGGUCUGUCCUCAACAUUAUUACUUCUGCUAAUGUGUUGACAGGCAUUCAUAUUGUUAUUGCAGCUUUUUAAUUUUCUCUGAGAGAAUAUGUAAUUGUGACUCAGAAGGACUUUUAACUGUUCGGGCCUGUAAAACAUGUGUAACUAAGACAGAUAAAGUUUGACAGGGGGUUGCAAAUUACCGUAGCUUGAUUUUAAAGCAGACUCCGUCAGUAUUAGCAACAUAAUAAUAAACAUAGCAUAAAUGUAGACAUGUGGCACUAGAGUAAAAUAGAAGGAGUUUACUUGUUGAACAGGAAAUGUGCCACUGUUUCUCCUCUACCCAGUAAGUUCAUUUGUUAUCCUAUUCACCGGUGUUAAUCCUGCUUACCCUCUUUUUGCCUCUGUUGCCAUGGAUAUGCUAUUCCUAUGGCAACUGCAUGCUUUUGUGGAUGGCCUCGGGCCCCCACCGUAGAGGACUCUCUGAACCUUUCAUUACACAUUCCCUUCAAGCUUGCAGACAAAUGACACAAGUAGCACAUAGUCCAACUCUGACUGUCGCCUCUUUUCUCUCUGCCCUCUGCUCCUCUUUCUCCCUCUUUGUGUCUCUGUGCUGCUCUGCCCAUGCAGUCAUACCACUAUCCCUUACCUCUAAGUCCUUAACGUACUGGCUGUUUGUCAUUUAAGUGUUAAUUUUGUGUAAAUUACACUCGAUGUACAUGACACUGGAUGCCAGUGCUGGUAUGAAAAGGACUGUGAUCAGAUUUGUAGCGUGCGUAUCGCUGUCAUAAGAGUCAGCGCCCCAAGCUUUCUCAUUUUCACUGGCAAUGGAAACCAGAGCUCCAUCUUUAAAGAUGCAUGAGACAUCUUGAGAAACACAGCGUAGAGAUGGAGGCUCUGCCAGUGAAAGUGUUUCUGUGUCAGAGAGAGUGAAAGACGGGGAGGGGCGAGGCUCGUGUAGAUGACAGUAAAGCUGCCACAAGCAGUGAGGGCCCAAGUUAAAGCAGAGCAAAGUGUCAGGACUUUUCACUCUGCGUGUGUGUGUGUGUGUGUGCGUGUGUGUGUGUGGGGCAGGUGGGGGGCCUCCACCUGCUGAAUGAACCCUGUCAGCGUCGGGGAGUACCAUGGGCUGCGGGUGGGCUCGGCCCUGCUCAGCAUUGUGGCGGGCUGCAUCAUCAUCGGGGUGUCCAGGGAGUGUGAUGCUGAUGCUGUAGGAGGCAUCUUCCUGGGAGCGGGAGGCCUCGGCCUGCUCAUAUCAAUCUACCCCUUCAUCAAAGCCUGGCUGAACAUCAACCACAUUCUUCCAUCCUUUGGAAACUUUAGAGUGCACCCGACGGCCAAUCCUGCUCCGGAUCAACCAGCCGAGACACUAAGACGAGAAGGAACUCAGAGUCAAAUGAAUCUGGAACGUUCUAAGAGUCGUAUGGGGACCUUUGUGGAGGGCGGACCAGUGACGGAGAUCAACCCAGAAGAGGGGACUUCUUCGGACAUGCCAGAUGUGUUAUCGAGACGGAAACUAAAGCAGUCGCCUGCUGAAGCAGACCUGCCAUGAUGUCAUCACAUGACAUGAGUUUCUGCGUUACUCUUGCACGCAUGUACGCUGUUGAUUUGAAUCUUUUUUUUUCUGUCCAGUUGUUGUAUCAUCUGAACUUGGCCUGUUAGUUGAGAUUACCUCGUCAUGUUGAUUUUAUGUGCUCUAAUAAACAUCCGAACAUCAAAUUGUGA